AUGGCGUCGGCGCUGUUCUUCCUCGACCUAAAGGGCAAGACCCUUCUGGCGCGCAACUACAGGGGAGACAUUCCUAUGUCCGCUGUCGAGAAAUUCCCUGUCCUGCUGAGUGAGGCCGAAGAAGAGAGCUCCGCCGUUCCGCCGUGCUUCUCCAACGAAGGCAUCAACUAUCUAUACAUUAGACAUAACAACCUUUACCUCCUCGCCCUCACGAAACGCAAUACCAAUGCCGCCGAGAUCCUCCUAUUCCUGCACAAGGUCGUCGAGGUAUUCACAGAGUACUUCAAGGAGCUGGAGGAGGAAAGUAUACGAGACAACUUUGUGGUUAUUUACGAGCUGCUCGAUGAGAUGAUGGACUUUGGAUACCCGCAAACAACGGAGACAAAGAUAUUGCAGGAAUAUAUCACACAAGAGUCACACAAGCUCGAAGUACAAGCGCGACCGCCCAUCGCAGUCACAAAUGCUGUCAGUUGGCGAAGUGAAGGCAUCCGCUACCGCAAGAACGAAGUCUUCCUCGACGUCGUUGAAUCGCUCAAUCUCCUUGUAUCCGCAAACGGUAAUGUUCUACGAUCCGAGAUUCUAGGUGCGAUAAAGAUGAAGUGCUACCUAUCCGGUAUGCCUGAGUUACGAUUAGGACUCAAUGACAAAGCCAUGUUCGAGACCACAGGAAGGGCAACAAGAGGGAAAGCCGUGGAGAUGGAAGACGUCAAGUUCCACCAGUGCGUCAGAUUAUCGCGCUUCGAAAACGACCGGACAAUCAGUUUCAUUCCGCCAGAUGGCGAGUUUGAGCUUAUGAGUUACCGUUUGAAUACGCAGGUCAAGCCCUUGAUCUGGGUAGAGUGCAUUGUGGAGAGCCACUCUGGCAGCAGGAUAGAGUACAUGUUGAAGGCAAAAGCACAGUUUAAGCGACGCAGCACAGCCAACAACGUCCAAAUCAGCAUCCCCGUACCCGAAGACGCCGACACCCCGCGCUUCCGCACUAAUAUUGGUACCGUGCACUACGCCCCCGAAACCUCCUCCAUCGUAUGGAAGAUAAAGCAAUUCGGCGGCGGAAAAGAAUUCCUUAUGCGCGCAGAACUUGGCCUGCCGUCUGUAAGAGGUGAUGACGAGAAGGGAGGCGGCAUGAUGGGCGGAUUCGGAGGAAGCAUGGGUGGCGUGGGUGGUGGUAAGGGCAAGAGGCCGAUCAGCGUCAAGUUCGAGAUUCCGUAUUUCACUACGAGUGGGAUACAAGUUCGGUACUUGAAGAUCAUUGAACCGAAGUUACAAUACCCAUCGCUGCCUUGGGUGCGAUACAUCACACAGUCAGGCGACAUCGCUGUGCGGUUGCCGGACGUAAACUAA